UACCCAAAACAAACUGUGCUGAUUUCCAGGGUACAGACAUGUGGAAAUACUGUCAUAUUGCAUUAUGGAAUUAUAAGCCUCUUUGAUGGCUUAAUAUUUCUUCUUCUUGUUCAGUAAGUGCACAUGCAAUCAUAGAAAAUCAAACCAAGUUUUUAAAAUAUUGCAUAAUUAAUUUGGGUGGAAAUACGACCCUAUGUCUCUCGAGAAAUUGUUAUGUCUCCGUAGUGCUUCAGCGCAAAUGCAUAUUUUGAGAAGGUUCAUCAGCAGUCAUGAAAUUGAUAGUAACAGAAUUACUUCUUUAGAAGAUGCAAAGAAUCUAAACUAGUUCUAGUCCUUCCAGUUAACCUAUUAAGGUCAUCUGUUCCCAUGUAGAACAGGAAACAGAAAUGCCUACUUUUCUGUUUUUGAGUAAACCCAGUCCUAAAGCUCCCUGGAAAUUGAUAGUCUUUCACUUCAGAUGCCCUUUGAAUUAGUCCUUGAGCCCCUUUCCUUAGACAUGCCUGGGCUAUUCCUUAGAAGCAAAUUAUUUUCACUCCCUUUGAUUCCUUCUGUGAAGGACACCUGUUAAAUGCAGUGAUGCUGAGGCACUUCUAGUAACAGUGACUUGAGCAGUACUGACCUGCCUGAAUUUUUCUCUGUUUUGAAGCUUUUGGUUACACCAACCUUUCAGCAGCGCUAAUUGUUUACAGUCUGGUUGGCUUUGGAAAGAGCUACUCUUAGCUUUUUAAAGGGAAUUAAGUUUCUCUUUGAAUGACUGGAUUGAGAAUAAAUGGAGUCAGAAUUUGUAAAUUAGAGCAGGAAAAAGUGGAACCUUAAAAAUACUCAUUCUACUUACAUGCAUAUCCAAAACUUAAAAGGCAGAAAACACACCUUCAGGAGAUGAAUAUGAGACUUAAAAUGAGUAAUGUUAUUGGAGACAAAAAACUGUAGGCUAAACAGAGAUAAUGGCUGUGUGGAACAACUUAGGAUUCUCUCUUUCAACCAUUUCUCUAUCACUACUCUGGAGAAAUACUACAUGCUGAACUACAUCUUUUUUCCUUAUCUGUGUCAGUGUUUCCACCCCAACAUGUGCCUCCCCUUCCUCUCCUCCCACCCCACACAUCCUCCUAAACUACGGGCUGAAGUGUGUGUUUGUGCAGUUACUUUGUUAGUUUCUCCCUUCUGACCCCUGCCCUUUUGAUAUUGAUAAACACUGAUUAGAUCCCCACUCAGCCUUAUCAUUUCUAGGCUGAAUAGCCAAAGGGCUCUCAGCCUUUCCUGGUAAGAAAGGUGCUUCAAGCCCCAACCAUCUCUGCUGCCCUCUGCUGGAUUCUCGCUAGCAGUUCCAUGUCUUUCUUGAGCUGGAGAGCCCAGAACUGGACACAGUUGUCAUAGUAUUGGUCAGUUUCUUCACAAAAACAUUAUACCGUGCUGAGAGUUGCAUUCCUGAGGGAUAUAUAUAUAUGAAUUGUGUCAUGUUUGAAUGCCUAUUUUUAGAAGGCGCUGUGAUGUGAAUCAAACCAAUUUUUGCCUUAAAUGUCUUGCAGUUUAGAUAAACUCGUAAAGGAAUGAAAAAGAGAAGAGACAUCAUCUGAGCACAGCAGAUAAAGAUACAGACAUAUCUAUUAGAUUACAAUCAGGUUGUAGUAGUAGAAUAUAAAAUAAUAUAAAUUAAUUUAAAAGACCUUGCUGGAAAUAAAUGGAGUUUAUUUCACAGUAUAAUGUCUUGUUAUAUUUCAACUGCUUUCUCAGUAAAUCACCUAAUUUUCUUGAUCUAGUAAUGUAUUAGUAAGUCAUCCUUUGAGUGAAUAUGUAGAGUCUACAGAAGGGGAAAAUAAAAGUGCAUCUGUGAAACUUGCAAAACGUUGUUCCAGUUUCAAGUAGAUAACAUCUUGUUUUUUCUGCAGACCACAUCACUUCACCUUCCAUGGUAGAUUGUUGUCUGUGUAUGCAUGCAUUCACGUGCUCAUAAAUUUAUUUAUGAGAUUUAUGGCUGUCAGCUCCAGUACAAUUUUUACUCUUUCAGUAAAUGUCUGGGAAGUAGUUCAACACCAGAAAUGCAAAACUCGUGUGCUAAUUCUGAUCCUACAUGGAGGGAAUAUCUUAGAUACUGGGGGAGAGGAUCAAAGCAGCAAGCUGGCAGACAUCAACACCUUCAGUUCUGUCUUUGAGAAGGUGACCCAAGCCCAUUUCCCUGCUGCUUUGGGCCACAUCUUGAUCAGACUUGUUCCCUGCCCAGCAAUCUGUUCAGCAGCCUUCUCUCUUGUUUCCAACCUAAAUCCCUACAGCUAUGAUGAAAGCUGUCUCAGCAGCAGUGAAGACCACAUCCCACUGGCUGCUUUGCCCUUGCUGGCUGUUUCAUCCCCUCAGUACCAGGACGCAGUUGCCAUGGUGAUCAGUAGAGCAAACCAAGUUUACAAUGACUUUCUCAAAUCUACAGAUGGAGUUGGCUUUAACGGGCAGGUGUGUCUUGUUGGUGACUGUAUUGGAGGCAUUUUGGGAUUUGAUGCCAUCUGCUAUAAUACUAACAGAACCGAUGAGAGUCAGAACAGUAGCAGGAGAGGAAGCAUCAGCAGCAUCCAGGAUAAUCCCCUUUUAACAGAGGACUCCAGUCUGGGUGGCAGGAAACAGCUGAGCAAAAGCAAUAUUGACAUCUCAGAAAUCAUGGAGGAUGAAGAGCCAAGACAGCUGUUGCCUAGGAAACAGAGUGACUCAUCCACCUACAACUGUGAUACUAUAACAAAUCAUCAUGCUUUCCUAUCUAGCAUCCACUCAAGUGUGUUGAAAGAUGAUGCAGACUUUCUUCCUGCGAAUUCCAGUCUCUCAGAUGUAAAUCUGGGCCGGUUUGAUUUUGAGGUGUCUGAUUUCUUCCUCUUUGGAUCACCACUUGGUUUGGUGCUGGCCAUGAGGAGUACUGUUCUGCCAGGCCUGGAUGUUUGUCAGGUUCGCCCAGCCUGCAGCCAGGUGUACAGUUUCUUUCACUCUGCUGACCCAUCUGCCUGCAGACUUGAACCAUUGCUGGAGAAAAGAUUUCAUCUCCUGCCUCCAUUCGGUGUUCCACGAUACCAGAGACACCCACUGGGGGAUGGAAGAUCUCAUCAGUUAGGUGAUGCUAUCCAAAACUACAGUGCUCUGUUCCUUGAGAACAGCUCUUUGAACAUAACUCACUCUCAGGAGAGUUCUGAAUCUACGAACACAUCUCAGAAACAAGAGAGAAGGUUGAGCUUGGCCAGCACAAACAGUGAAAACUCAGGGUCAGCAGAGAGCUUGUCAUCAGCAUGCCUCACCAACAUUACUGCUAAGUGGUGGGGAACAAAGCGGAUUGAUUAUGCCUUGUAUUGUCCAGAUGUCCUGACAGCAUUUCCAACUGUGGCCCUGCCACAUCUUUUCCAUGCCAGCUACUGGGAAUCAACAGACGUCGUGGCAUUCAUUUUAAGACAGGUGAUGAGAUAUGAAAAUGUAAAUUUCAAAGAAAAUGAUAGCCUGGAUCCCGCAACACUAAGCCCAUCCAAUCCACGAGAAAAAUGGCUACGCAAAAGGACGCAUGUCAAAUUGAGAAAUGUGACUGCUAAUCAUCGAGCAAAUGAUGUAAUUGCUGCAGAAGAUGGUCCUCAGGUACUUGUUGGACGCUUUAUGUAUGGACCUCUGGACAUGGUAGCUUUAACAGGUGAAAAGGUUGAUAUCUUCAUAAUGACUGAACCAUCUUCUGGUAGGUGGGUGUAUUUUGACACAGAGAUAUCCAACAGCAGUGGCCGGAUAUCCUACAGCAUACCCAAACAGAAGAGACUGAGAGUUGGUGUAUAUCCCAUCAGAAUGGUGGUCAGAGGGGACCAGAGCAGUGCCACAAGCUACCUGACUGUGCUUCCCCGAGGAAUGGAAUGUGUUGUGUUCAGCAUUGACGGUUCAUUUGCAGCAAGUGUUUCAAUAAUGGGAAGUGAUCCCAAAGUCCGAGCUGGGGCUGUCGAUGUUGUAAGACAUUGGCAGGACCUAGGAUAUCUGAUUAUCUAUAUUACUGGCCGCCCAGAUAUGCAAAAGCAGCGUGUGGUUUCAUGGUUAUCUCAACACAACUUCCCUCAAGGAAUGAUCUUCUUCUCUGAUGGACUUGUUCAUGACCCGCUGCGACAAAAGACUAUUUUUCUACGGAAUCUCAUGCAAGAGUGCCACAUCAAAAUCUGUGCUGCAUAUGGUUCGACAAAGGAUAUUUCCGUUUACAAUGUCUUGGCUCUGUCGCCAUCCCAGAUCUACAUAGUUGGACGAUCAACAAAGAAAUACCAGGCACAAUGUCAAUUCCUCAGUGAGGGUUAUGCAGCCCACUUGGCCUCACUGGAGUUCAGUCUUCAUUCGCGAUCCAAAAAGAACAACUCUCGGAUGAUCUUGAGAAAAGGCAGCUUUGGCCUCCACUCUCAACCUGAAUUUUUGCGCAAGAGAAACCAUCUCCGCAGGACUAUGUCUGUACAGCAACCUGACCCACCUUCUUCAAACCCCAAACCAGAGCGUGCCCAGAGCCAGCCCGAGUCAGACAAAGAUCAUGAUAGGCAUUUGCCUUCCAUUGCUUGGGUUAGGGGUGGAGUCCACAAAUUUGAAUCUGUUCCCUAGGAAGCCUGAGGCUGUAGAUUUUGGGUGCCCUCCAUUUAACUUGUAGUCAUGCCUCAAAGGUAGAAAGGCAGCUUCAAACUAAGAGGUGUAGAGGGGAAUCUGUACCUCAGACUCUUCCCUGCUCUGAAAAAUGCCUUCUUUACACCAACCAGAGAACUUCCAGUUUGUUCUCUUGACGUAUUGGGAAAUUUUAAAACAAUCUAAAACUAUCCCAAGUGCUUAAACAUUAAAACAACAGGAAAAAAAGUCUUCAGUUAUUUUUUACAACAGAUACAAUAAAAUGUGCAAUAAGAGAAAAAGCUGCUACAGGCUUUUUACUCAGAAGGAUUGUAGUAUCAGCUAACUAGCUACACCCAAAACAAUAUAAACAGUAGACCCCAUAGGUUACAGAGAAAGUUUACACUUAAAACAUUAAAUAGUUUCAUCUGUUGCCAAUUCACUUUUGAUGAAGCGAUAUAUUUGUAAGGGAAGCAGAGGUGAGAGUACAAAAAUGGGUCAUCAGGAUUUGUACAGCAAGAUGAUUUUUGGGUGCCUUGAGUCCAAGAUUUCCUUUCAGCUUAUACUGUUGGUCAACAGAUGCUAACACAGGCACUCAUGCUGUAUAAGGUGCUGGACAUCAAGUAAAUAGAACUCUGCCUGUGAACCAAAUCGUAAAUACUUAAUGUUAGAAAUAAACAUCUCUGCCACAGUUGGAAGUAGUUAGUGUUGCUGUAUGCAAAGUGAUGUGCAAGUGUACAAAACUGUGAUUUUUGUGAAACUGGUGACUGUGUAAAAUGUGUGAACUGUGUGUAAGGAGGUGUCUCUGACCAUUUCAGACUGAGAUAGAUUCUAAGAUGGAAGCCUUAAGGGAGCCUUUUCACUAAGGGGUCUGCAAUCUGCAGAGUAGUCACUUUUUUCAUUAUUCUAACUAAAAUCUUUAAUCUGCAGGAUGAAAGAGUAAUAAAUGCUAAUGGAGUAAAUUAUUUACCUUCUCAUGCUUGAUAGCAAGUGCUCUGCUAAGACAAUCUAUAGCAAUCAAAAUUACAACAGUUGAGCUUCAAAGAAUGGAGGUGCCAAAUGUGUGUUCUCCUUCUGGUUUCUCUUAGAUCUUUUACUUAUUAGAAGUAAAAUGUGUGAAAUUUUCUCUAGGUGAUAAUAUUUCUAAACUAAAUGUUGUAGUUAGUUUAACACAGCUGCAGUUUGCUAGUUCAUUAUGCAUCUGUUUCCACUACACUAAAUUCACCAACAUAACUUUUGUGAUAGAACUGAUAUAUGUUUCAAAACCUGUAGUGAAAUCGCUAGAGCAAAAAAACAGUUUUCUUUUAAAGUUAAAAUCAGACUGUUGACCCUGAGAAAGCUUGAAGUCAACAGGUGAUUUCUUGAGCUGUUUCUGGAUUUGGUUUCUUUGACUUCCCUCCCUCAGUUUUUUGGCACCAGGGGGAAGAUGUCAUCAUCCCCAUCCUCCCUUUUAGGUUUUUCUAAUAUAUAGCUGGAACAGAAACAAACCUGUUGGUUAAUGAGUUCAAAGUUGGUAUGUAAAACAAAGAAGGAAUGCAAUGGAAAACUAUGAUAACAGUGCACAAGUCCAAUAACUCCCUGUUCACACAAAAGUUUCAGUGUGCUUUUUGAAGGACAACCUUGUGGCUUUUGUCUUAAAAGGCAACCAGCAAACUAAUAUAUAAAUGAUGGUGAUUGCUGUUGGGUUUUUUUUUAAGCUUAUCACUUAGCAAAUUUUUGAGUUACCUAUUUCAUACAUCCUGAAAGAUCUCUGGCACAUCAGUAGUUUUUCAUAAUGCUUCUUGUAAGGGAGGGGGUAAUUUUUUGCUGAAAAUUUAGGAAGGAUGUUAAGACUUUAGUAGCUCACGUUCAUUAGGAAGAGGUAACUUACGUUACUGGAGCCUGGGGUUUUUAAUCUCUGCUGACAAGGUAGUCAGCUGCAAAAGCUAAAUGAACUACACUGAAGCAGUCUUCAGGCUUACAGUUUUCCCAGUAGUUUCAUAGCUGUUAAAGCCAUAAAUUUAAAGUAGUUUUCAAUGUUUUAUCGAGGUCCACUGUGUGUUUUUAUUCUGAUUGUGUCCAUUUCUUUCCUUAGCCUCUGCAGCUAGGAAGAGAUUGCACAAGGUAUACCAGAAAGCAUACUUCAUCUUCCUCCAGUCAGUUCACUGCUUGCACAGGUACCAGAGAAGAUAUUAGAGCAGGGAAGGCUUCUUAUCGUACUGAUGAGGUUUUCUUUCCUGCUGCUGAUCUAGGAAAGAAAAAAAGCUGGUAGCAAAAAUGCACAUCUGACGUUUAUGUCUGUGCUCCUUUUCCAUUAAAUAUAUCUUGCUUUAACAGGUAGCAAAAAAAAAGAAAAAAAAGAAAAGAAAGAAAAAAAGAUGCCCAGAGUACAUCCCCUGAAAAGCCUAGCCACAGUAGCACAAUGUCUGAUCAAUAUGUAACUGAUAUUACAGAGCAGUUUUGGCAGCCUCCUAGGAAAACAAACAUUCUUUUUUCUUGUGUUUCAAUGACUGGCAGUUUUGACUCUUGCCAGAGCAAGCCCAAUGGAACGUAAGUAUUUCAAGCAUGCUCAUGGUUGUUGGUUUUAAAAAGGUGAAUGAAUUGAAGAGUGGAGGAAUGCAAAGAGCAAACUUGAAAUUUGCUUAGAGGAUGUAAAGUCAACACUGAAUGCAGAAUUUGAAUUUACUUUCUUAAGCACUGGGUGCUGGGUAGCAUGUCUCCUCAUAGAAAUCACUAUACCUACUAGUAUUAGCAAAACUAAUUCUGCUUUAGCUGUCUACCUCUGUGAGCCAGGAGAUGCCAAAAUCCAUUUUCUGAUUUAAGUUGCUAACAUAAAAAGACCUACUUCCUUUCAAAAGAGAGAUGUGUGUGAUUCUGUGACUGUUGUUAAAAGACUUCAUAUGAACACAAGGUUAGAUGACUCUCCCAGGUUGUUUAUUUUUUUUAGCCACUGUGUUGGUUCUAUAUUUGUAUAUACAGUGUAUUAUGAGUUAAAAUUAGUAAAAUAAGAAGUGCUACUCUUCAUGCUUGAUUUAGAGUGGUAACAAUUCAGUCUCUAAACAUAGUACUGGAAUUCAGCUGGAAAUAUUUUCCCUAACAUGGUCGUUUCAUCAUGCCAACACUGCUUAAUGCUCAGGGAUAGUAUGGUUCAUUGCCUGAUAGCAUGCCUCCAUCUGAGCACUUUGACAAACAGUGAUGCAGGCAUCAGUUUGGAGGUUAAGGCUUCAAGCUUAUUUGGAGCUUAUCUUCACAAACAUCAGAUGCAUUUCUUUUGAAAGCACUAGCCAGCUGACACUAAAAUGGUACAGAAUUUUUGUUGGAGAUAAGACUGUGAAAGAGGUAGUAAUGAUUUAGGCAUCUCACAGCUAAGUUUGCAGUUCAGUACUCUUGUGGACAUGGCUAAGGAUUUCAAUUUCUUGGGCUUUUUUUGGCCUUUUAUUCCCCAGUUAUAUAUAGGACAAUCCCUGAUGAAUUGCUAGUUUUUUACAGCAUAUUUUCUUCAAUCCCAUUUUCUCCUGGAACACUUGCUUCUAAUCAAUGCUUUAGUUUUAUACUUUGUCUACAUAAAACCACAUGGCUGUUCACGGGCAUUCAUUUUCUAUUGAGAUUACAGUUUCACUUCUCUUAUCAUGGAGGCUUAAUCAGUCCUAAGCAGGCCACUCACUGAGGUCCAGCAUGAUCUUACAGUCUUUCAGUUUUCUACUGUUCCUCACUGCUGCAUUCUCUGUACAGUCAGCACUUUCUUUUAACCUUAUAGUCUGUGGAAGUUUUGAAGCCUCUCCACAGAAGGGAAACAGAGAAGCUGUAUAUUACAGAGAAGCACUUACACUUGAUCUGCCAAACAGAAGAAGCAGAAAUGAAACUGUGAAACACAGAGCUGUUAUUUCAGUGAGCGCUGAAGCGGUAGUACAAGUCAGUACAAAGUAGGCCACACCUGAAAGCACUUACUUCUUUGAAUUGUUGAUGUAUGUCCAGUUUUAAAUUACUGUAUUAAACAAAAACUAAAAACUGUAAUCAGUGCCAUUUUAGACUUAUCAAGAUUUAUCUGAGAUAUUGUGAAAACACACAUUUACACUGUGGUGUCUUUCUGUAACUACUGAAAGCAACCUUAAGUGAUGUUUUGUUUCUGCUUUCACAGCAAAAUUGUAAUUUUUUUUUUAAACAAUGAUUGUGUUUAUUCAAUUAAAAAAAUAUUUGCAUACACUAGUGCACUUGGAACAGGUUCUUGUUUGCCAAAUUACAUCGAUUUAGUUUUGUGGCAUGGUUUAUAUCUAUUCUGCAUAAAAAUUUUGUAAAAUUGACAUGGCACUGAUCAUUCCUUUCAUUCCUUAGAGAUUCGUGAGAGUUGCUAUUUUGAUUUGUUUGAAUGAAAAUAGUCUUUAAUUCUUACAUAUCACUUUUCUACUACGUAGGGAAGUCAUUUCUAAACAAAAUUAAAAUUUUUUACUCGUUAUGUAGAAGUGCAGCUAUCAGAAAACCACAGAGAAAUUAACUUGAUACUUUCAUCUACAAUUAAAAUAAGAACAGUGACAUUUAUCUUGAAGAUCCACCAUUUUGCAAAAUAGCCUGUUUGCUUUUGUUAGUGAACACAUUGUGUUAUUUACACAUUGCAAGAUCAUGGCACAGCUAAUAUGUGUAUUAAAGUUAAUCCCCCAUAGUUAAGGCUGUAGAAUUACCAUAUAUUUCACAGUAUAAAUUCAGAAGGGAAAAAUGAAAUUCCUCCUCCUUUUAUAUUGCUUCCUGUCCUAAAUGUGUUAAAAACUUCAUUUGAAAGCAUUCUUAAUUAUACCAGAAAACCAAAGGUAUUUUCAGCUUUUAUAAUUUGUAACUGCUGCAAUAAUUUUUACUGAACAGAUAGGAUUUCCCACAUUUUUCCUCCUUUUGCCUGUAAGCUACAGAUGGUGAGUAUGUUAUAAAAGUACUAGACAAUUCCAACGUGGACCCUUUCUUAAUAAGGUCUUUGGCUUAAUAGUGGAAAGAAGUAGAGAUUAUAUGGUGCAGUUUCAUAAUUUGUUCUGGUUUCAGCUUGAAAUACAAGAUCUUGAAUCAAGAUUUCUGCAUUGAAAUAUUGUUCAUUUCAGUCAUGCAGGGGAGAAAGUGGCACUUUUCAUUUACUUAUGGAGUAUGUACAAGAUAGAAUUCCCUAAGUGCAAACAUUUCCAGCUUUCUUCCUCAGCUUCUGUGAGAGCAGUGAUUUUUUAUGAUCUAUGUUCAUAGCUUCAGUAGAAAUCGUGGUUUUAACAAGGUAAUUUGAAUUCAAUGCUGUUUAAUCAUUCAGUUGUAACUUUAAGUUUCUAUUUAUGAUCCUAAAUUCCUUUUUAAAAAAAAAAGAAAAAAGGUAAUCACACACCUUUCUGGAUGAAGAGAGCUCUUCAGAAAUAGGAAAUGUCCUGGAACAGCUAGAAUCCUGUGCCAUGGACUCUGGAAUCAAAGUAAGGUGUUGUAUUCCCUCUCUCCCUCCUUUUAGAUUAAGCCCAAGGUAAGGGGAUAAAAGUUUUUCUAUUUUUAUUUAACCCAAUAAGCUACCGUUAAAAUUGCAUAUCAUUGUUCAGAGGGUAGAGAAACAUGAAACAAGUUUUGACAGAUUAUUAAUUUGUAAGGUCAUAUAGAACUCAAGUGGAGAAAGAGAGGGGGAAGGAGAAAAAGAAACAGGUUUACUGCCUAGAGAUGGGUUAAUAGAGAUUACUAUGUAACUUAAAAAUUGUAGCCUCUAAGGAUUAGCAAUUCUGGGACCUCUGGUGUAGAGGCCAGAAUGGCAGUUCUCUCACAGAACCCCAAACUGUCUCCCUAAUAUAUUUUUCUAUUUGUUGGGGAGGGGAAAGGGCAGUCCACUUAGAACUUAAUUCCUAUGAGUAAACUUGAAAUUACACAUGUUCUUUCAGGCUAUAGUUUUAUUGAGUGUAAAAUUUUAAAUAUUGUUUGUCAGUGAGAAGGUUCUAUCUGGUGACAAAUGUUUAUAUUUCUUAUGGCUGCCUUGUAAAGAUUCAAAAAUGUACAAUAAUGCAUUUCUUAAUAUGAAAUAAGGAGUAAGAUUUCUACAACUCGUAUAGAUUUUGAUGUGAGCUGGUUUUUAAAAUCUUAUAUUAAUCACUGAAAUAAAACCUUCCUUGCCUUUAAGCAAGCAGUGUUCCAGACUUUUCUUAUCAAUGGUAUUGGAAGUCUUAGAUCAUCGUUUGCAUGUUGUAGUAACAAGUAGAAACAGUAUACAAGCUGUUUAAUAUGGGUGACCAUCUGGCGUAAAACUUCAAUUUGUGAAUAGAAGUCAACCUGUGAACUCCGACCCUCCUCAUUUUUCAAAAGUAGUAUGAGAAGAUACUUCAAUAAUGAGACAUCAUCCUUGUAAAAAUUUUAUAGAAGCAGUCUCAGUACAUACAAAGAAUAACUUAAACUACUGUUCUACAUACAAAGGCAGUGGGUUUUUUGUUUAGUUGGUUUAGUUUGUUUAAAGAAAAAAAGAAAAAUAACACUGUCACCAGUCAUCUGAAGGCUGGGUUGUCUUCGUGCUUCCAGAGCUUGCUAAUUAUUUCAUUAUUUAAUAAAUUAGUUUAACAAGUAUAAAGGAAAUCAGGAACAAGUUUAAAAAUCAGUACUUAAAUCAGAAUUGAACAUGACCGUUUCCUACAUUUAUACUUAAUAUCUUUAAUAUUUUAGCUGUUCCAGUUUUACCAAAUUACAUGUGCAUCUUAAAAGUCACUGUACAGAAAAGUUCUCUGAAUCAGUCUUUUGUUUGAAGGUUCAGCUUAAAGUAGAAAGUAAAUUCCAAAACUUGCACAAAACUGCUACUGUAGAAACAACUCUUGAAUUCUAGAAGCUUAAGAAAUCUUUGCUUAAGUUUGAAAGCCAAAACUCUUAGGAGUCACCCAUUAAAAAAGGCUUGUUACUUUUUUUUUUAAAGUAGCAUUUGCAUAAGUAAAAUGUGUGUGUCAAAUGCCUGGUAUACUUCAUUGAACAGAAUACCUGCAUUAUAUUAGCAAAUAACAGUAGUUAUAAUAAGAAGGUUGCUCCAUAACUAAUGCCUCUCAUAUUACGAUGUUGGCCUGCAACAUCAGAAACAUAGGGUGGUAGCAUGGCAGUACAGGUUGAAUUUUCUUAGUGAUUUAAAACAAUUAUUCUGUUACAUUUUCUUGCCCUGCAAUAGGGAGUGGCAGAGGAGCAGUCUGACAAAAUAGCAUCUGUAUGAAGCAGAGGUGAGGAACUGAAUUCCUCUGUGUGGGAAAAA